AUGGUCUCCAGAACUGUGAUGAUGGUGCUGGUGGCGGCCGGCGUCCUUGGGAUAACUCUGGCCGGUCCUGUGGCAGCCCCCGGAGGGACCAGCUAUAGUGUCAGUAGCUCUGGAUAUGGUGGAUACGGCGGAUAUGGUGGAUAUAGCAGCGGAUAUAACAGCGGUUAUGGAGGAUAUGGGCGAUUUGGUGGUUAUCGAGGAGGAUAUGGCAGCGGUUUUGGUGGUUAUCGAGGAGGAUAUGGCAGCGGUUUUGGUGGAUAUGGAGGCCCAUAUGGACGAUUAGCUGGAUAUGGCGGACAUGGUGGUUUCGGCAGAUAUGGGUAUGCAAGAGGAUACCGUGGUGGAUACGGAUAUGGACGUGGAUACGGCCACUGA